AUGAAGACAGUGAAUGGAAGACAACAUGACUACAGGCAAUACUCAGCCUACCCAGCAGUACCAGUCCGCCAUUUUGCAACCAAGAAAGCUAAAGCUAAAGGCAAAGGGUGGCCCCAGGCCAGAGUGAACAUUGAUACAGCCUUGGUCGAGGAUAUAAUCAGCUUGGAAGAGGUGGAUGAAGACAUGAAGUCUGUGAUAGAAGCGCUUAAGGAUAAUUUCAAUAAGACUCUCAACGUAAGGACUGCACCAGGAUCUCUUGAUCAUAUUACUGUGGUAACUGCUGAUGGGAAGCUCGCUCUAAAUCAGAUUGGCCAGAUCUCCAUGGAGUCGCCGCAGAUGAUUCUGGUGAAUAUGGCCAGCUUCCCAGAGUGUACAGCUGCAGCUAUCAAGGCUGUAAGAGAAAGUGGAAUGAAUCUGAACCAGAAGUGGAAGGAACACUAA